CACUGCUGGUGGUCAGGGUACUCUCCAGGGGUCAGCACGUACUGGUAGCCUCCGUAGUUGGGGCGCUCGUACAGCACCCAGCAGCCGCUCUCCACCCUGAUGGAGUUACAGCGGCUGAAGUAGGAGUGCAGGUCUGGGCAGUCGCUGUUGCACUCAUAACUAUGACCUUGGAAAUUCUUAUCCUCAAAGAAUACGAUCUGGAAGAGAGAGAGAGAAAGAGAAAAGCCUGAUCAUUUCUACAAGGACAGGAACUUCCAGUGCCGCUCUUAUGAGACCAACCAGGACUGCCCUGACAUGUCCUCCUACAUGUCUCGCUGCCAGUCCUGCAGGGUGGAGAGCGGCUGCUUCAUGGCGUACGAACGCCCCAACUUCAUGGGAAACCAGUUCUUCCUGAGGAGGGAAGAGUACUCAGACUACAUGCAUAUGGGAAUGAGUGACUCGGUCCUCUCCUGCCGUAUGAUCCCUCUGCACAGAGGAUCCUUCAGGAUGAGAGUCUACGAGAAGGAGAACUUCAGAGGUCAGAUGCACGAGAUGAUGGAGGAUUGUGAGUCCUUCCAGGACCGUUACCGCAUGGCCAACUGCGAGUCUACCCAGGUCAUGGAGGGACACUGGCUGAUGUACGAGCAGCCCCACUUCAGAGGCAGGAUGAUUUACGUGAGGCCCGGAGAGUACAGAAACCUCAGGGAGAUGGGAGAUGCCUCAUGGAAUCCUGUUAGGGUAGCCUAGUGGUUAGAGCGUUGGACUAGUAACCAGAAGGUUGCAAGUUCAAACCCCCCGAGCUGACAAGGUACAAAUCUGUCGUUCUGCCCCUGAACAGGCAGUUAACCCGCUGUUCCUAGGCUGUGAAAAUAAGAAUUUGUUCUUAACUGACUUGCCUAGUUAAAUAAAGGUAAAUAAAUAAAUACAUAUUUUAAUUUGUAGCCCUUUUCAAUUGUGAAACACGUAGUGGAAAUGCAAUAAAAUACCAUCU